UUAAAGAAGAUCCCUGAGUGGGACGUGUUGUUGAUCCUACCUGCAGUAACGCUCGCUGAGGGCUGUUGCAUCUUUACCCCCGCCGUGAACGGGAAGACGACUGCUGCAACCCUACCAAGGAGUCAUUCGACGCACUGUGAAGUGCCCCGGACGUCGGACACCCUGCCCUCUUUACUAGCCAGUGUGCAGCUCCAUUGUGGAGCCCCAGCAAGUGGCGGGGGAGGCUGAGGCAGCCUGAAGUAGAGGGCACUGUGCUAGCAGGGCCAUGAGCACCACUGGGUACCAGCAGCAGCAGGGGGGUGUUCGGACACGCAGAGGCCCAGUCAAGGAGAGGGAUCCUGGGCAGGGUGUGGGCAUGGAGGCGGCCUGCUGGCUUGCCCCAGGAGCCCUGCGCAGGCUGAUUGAGCUGCCCACUCCCCCGCUCGACCGCCAACAGCUGAAGAGACUGGAGGAACACAGGUACAGCAGUGCAGGUCACUCCUUGCUGGAGCCUCUGAUGCAGUGCUACUGGGAGUGGCUGGUGGGCCAUGUGCCCACCUGGAUUGCCCCCAACCUCAUCACCAUCGUGGGCCUGGCCACCAAUGUAUUCACCACCCUGGUGCUGGUCUACUACUGCCCCACUGCCACUGAACAGGCACCGCUGUGGGCAUACCUGCUGUGUGCGGUGGGCCUGUUUGUGUACCAAUCACUGGAUGCCAUUGAUGGGAAGCAGGCCAGACGAACUAAUAGCAGCUCUCCGCUGGGUGAACUGUUUGACCACGGCUGUGACUCCCUCUCCACAGUGUUUGUGGUCCUGGGCACCAGUAUAGCAGUGCAGCUGGGCACCAACCCUGACUGGAUGUUCUUCUGUUGUUUCGCUGGCAUGUUCAUGUUCUACUGUGCCCACUGGCAGACAUACGUCUCCGGCACCCUGCGCUUCGGCAUCAUUGACGUGACUGAGGUGCAAAUCUUCAUUAUAAUCAUGUAUUUGCUGGCCGCCGUGGGAGGAUCCGCUUUUUGGCAGUCACUGAUCCCAGUCAUAAACAUCCAGAUGAAAAUAGUUCCAGCCAUCUGCACUUUCUUAGGGGCUGUCUUUUCCUGUACUAAUUACUUCCGGGUUAUAUUUACCGGAGGUGUGGGCAAAAAUGGAUCAACAAUAGCAGGAACCAGUGUCCUAUCUCCCGUGUUACAUAUAGGCUCAGUAAUAAUACUGGCCAUGAUGAUCUAUAAGAAGUCCGCUAUCCAGCUCUUUGAGAAGCACCCCUGUGUUUAUAUCCUGGCCUUUGGUUUUGUGUCAGCCAAGAUCACCAACAAAUUAGUUGUAGCACAUAUGACAAAGAGUGAGAUGCAUCUACAUGAUAUAGCAUUCCUGGGGCCAGGCCUGCUGUUCCUGGACCAGUAUUUCAACAGUUUUAUUGAUGAAUACCUGGUGCUGUGGAUUGCAGUGAUCCUGUCUUUCGUUGACUUGGUGCGUUACUGUGUCAGUGUUUGCAACCAGAUUGCCUCCCAUCUUCACAUCUUUGUCUUCAGAAUCAAGCCAUUGACCCCCUCCACCCUUCAGUGAGGACACAGAACUAUUACACUCUUCCCCCUCUCUCUCCCUCCCUCUCUUAAUGUUAGAUUGCUUGUUGUCACUCUUUCUUUACCCUUUUUACAUGUGUUGGGGUGGAUCUAUUACCGGUAGAGGUUCAGAGUGAAUGAGGGGAUAGAUGAAACAUGAGGUGUUACGUUAUCUUCCAUCACUGCUUUGUGCAAUUUGUGUUGAUUUCAUCUUGUUACAGUAGUCAGAUUCCGAGACAAAAAUAAUGAUUUGUCCCUUUUUUCUGCAGUGAAUGGUCACAUAUAGGAAAUGUACUGAGUGGUCUCCUCUGUGCCAGAGAGGGUAAAUUAGUGCAAGAAUGCAAUGGGUUUGAAUAGGUUCUACCUUAUUCAUUUAAUAAUUCUGUUAUUGUACUUUAUAACAAACAUUUCUUGUUGAUGGUGUGUUUGUUCUCUACAAGAAAAUGUAGAGCAUAGGAAGUGAUUUACACAGGAUGUCUGUCUGCUUUCAGUUUUGUAAUAUUUGCAUAACCUUUUUUCAGUUUCAUAAAUAUAUAACUAUUAGUGUUGAUAGUUGUGCUGUUCUAUUAUUUCAAAAUGUCUCACCUGGCACAUCUAUCAAUCUUGCAUAAGUGUUAUUAUUAACCCUGCAAUAAUUAUGAUUGCAUUUCAAUUCGGAUUUCUGUAAAAUAUUACAUAUGUAAACAUGUUAUUUUAGGGUGCCCCUGAUCAAUGGCUUACAACAAAUUAUUGUAAAGUAUUCAAAUAGUAUUGCACCUUUUGAAAAGAUGGGUGUCUCGAGCCUCGUUUCCCUCAAAUGGCUCAAGCAUUUGUCUCUAAAGCCACAAACAUUACACAACACUUAUAGCACCACAUGCAGGAUUGCUAAUGGUUGUCUUGGGAAUACUAUUCUGUAUAUCCUGUCUAAUAUUGCUUUUAAAAAAGGAAAAUAGUUUAAUGUUUAACAAAUCAUGGAAAAAAAACUUGCAGCAGUUUUCUUGCUUUAGAUUUUUGUACCUGCUUGUAAUUUUCUUGGCCUGUUGCAUUUCUGCCCUCUCAGAUACUGAAGCGUUGCAAUUUGCUCAGAAUGCUCAACGAAAAUGCCAAGUGUUGAUGCACCCUUAAUUAAUGAGGAAAAGUAAUGAUGUGAUUUUCUCCCCAAAAAGUAGUCAUUCUUAUAAUUUGAAGCUAAAUAUGUUGUCUGUUGUUUUUUUCUGCUAGUGUUUGUUCAAUGGUGUGCUUGCUACCACAGCUAAAUGACAAUUAGUAACUUUAGUCCUACAGCCUGUUUCUAAAUGUUUUUUUAAUUAGUUUACUUGUAAAAAAAAAUGUAUUUAAGUAGGAAAGUCAGUUAAGAACAAAUUCUUAUUUACAAUGACCGCAUAGGAACAGUGGGUUAACUGCCUUGUUCAGGGGCAGAACGACAGAUUUUUACCUUGUCAGCUUGGGAAACGAGCAACCUUUCGGUUACUGGCCCAACGCUCUAACUAGGCUACCUGCCGCCCCAACACAAUGUGUUGAAAGGUGAUUUUGACUGAUAAUGUAGGGCUAUCCAAAGCUUGUUUAUAUCUACAAUCUAAGGACAUGUUUUCUGAGUCUACUUUUUUAAAUAAAUUUCCUUUAAAAUGACCUAACACAAUAACAACUUUCUUUAUGUAGCACAAUCUGCACUGUGCCAGAUCCACAUACAGCAAUUAAGUGUUUUGGGAGAUUUCGUGAAACAAAAAUUAUUAUCUGACUGUGCCCUAAUCAUAUUUGUCUGUACCAUGUUUUUGCGUCUACAUACCUGGCAGUCUGCUUAUAAUUCAGUCAUCAGAAUCAAUAGAAACUGACUUUUAUUUCUGUGUGUAAUGUUGUUGGUAUGUAAGUUACUGAGCUCAUACAACGUGUGUGUGUGUGUAGUUGCUGAUGUCAGAUCAGUGCUCUCAUUGUACGAGUCAUUCUCAGAUAAGUAAAAGGAUGCCUUAAACAGUUUGUUUAAUUUUCUGUUGUUUGAUAGUCAAGCCUCUUAACAUGCCCCUAAUUUGUUUCCUUUGUGUUUGUACUGUGUUUUCACUCGUUACUGUUUUUAUUUUGGCCGGACUGUCAAGCUCAGGUUUAUUAGUUUUCAGACAAGUAUGUUCAUAGGUUGACAAAAGAACAACAAGAUCACUCUACAAUCUCUCCCUCACUAACGCAAAUAAAAAUGUAAUAUUCACACA